GUCUUGUCGGUGCUUACGAGUUAUCAGUUAUAGUUGUUUUUACUCACAACCAGUAUAUCCACAUGAGGAAAAAUUGGCCAAAAAUUAUGAUUAAGUGAUGGAAGCUUUUUGUUUCAAGUUUUUAUUCGACUAUCGGAGCGCCCGCCCGUCCUCGGCGUCGUCGUCGUCGUGAUAGUGCAUUCACAAUUUAAGAUAAUUCAAGUUGUAUACGCUUUUGAUGUGUUUUAUUCGCUAUCACUGCGCGUUGUGUUGUUGGAGUUACGACAAUGACGGCAGCCGGGCAGCGCCGCGCCAGCAGCGGCAUGUAGCUUGUUUUUUAGUUCAGUUGAUUUCGAUUGAUUAUUCCAAACGGACGUGACACUCAGAACUCCAUUGAGAGUAAAGUGAAUCGGAGAAAUAACAAUGUCAUUCAUUGCAUCGUUGGAUGUUGGAACCACAUCGUUGAGAUGUUUUAUUUUCAAUGAAAACUGUCAAAUUAAAGGUUCUGCUUCCGAAUUGGUGGAAUUACUCAAUCCGAGAGCGGGUUAUUUUGAAAUCGAGCCAGAAAAACUGUGGCUUAGUAUCGUCAAUGUUAUCUCAAACGCUAUCAAAGAUGCAAAUCUUAAUUCUUCUGAUAUCACUUGCUUGGGGAUAUCGACGCAGCGUUGCACGUUUCUAACUUGGGAUAGCAACACCCAUGAGUAUUUUCACAAUUUUAUAACUUGGAAAGACUGUCGGGCCGAUGGCCUAGUGAAUAAAUGGAAUUCAGGACUAAUGUUGAAAACAUUGAACACUCUAUCAUAUGGAUUGUAUAUAUUGACACGUAGUAAACGCUUUUUGGCGGGAAGCGUAUUAAAGAUGAUGAAUGGGCAAGUUACUCUGAGGCUUAUUCAUGAGAUAGAAGCGAAUCCGAAACUAAAAGAAGCAAUUGAAAAUAAAACAGCUGUAGUUGAUACUCUAGAUUCGUGGAUAAUAUACAAAUUGAGAACUGGACUAGCCAAAGACCUGACAAUUCAACAUAUAACCGAUAUAACUUCUGCCACAGCAACAGGUUUAUUUGAUCCAUUUACCCUUGGUUGGUCGGAUUUGAUGAAAAUGAUGUUUGGCAUAAAUCUUAGCCUAUUACCAAAAGUAGUUACAAACUCAGACGAUUUUGGAUGCGUUCAUGAGUCUCUUUUUGGCACCCGGAUUCCUAUUACAUCAUCGGUAAGCGAUCAAACCGCAUCCUUAUGGGGUUCGAAUUGUUUCGACGAAGGCGACAUGAAGAUAACCAUGGGAACUGGUUCAUUUCUAGAUCUCAUAACUGGAAAGCACUGCCAGGCUUCAAUACAUGGUCUAUAUCCGUUAGUGGCUUGGCAAUUUAAAAACACGAAACUUAAUGACGAAUUGGUGUUUUGUGUAGAGGGUGCAGCUCAGGAUACGGGUACAUUGAUCUGUUGGGCUCAGUCAUGUGGUCUGUUUAAUGAUCCCUCUGAAACUUCGGAUAUUGCACAUUCAGUGGAAAAUACUGGUGGAGUUUAUUUUAUACCUGCAUUCAGUGGAAUUGGACCCCCGGUGAAUGAUUACAAGGCAGCAUCAGGUUUUCUAGGAAUAACUCCAUCAACCACUAGAGCUCAUUUAGUUAGAGCGAUUUUAGAGAGUAUAGCCUUCCGCAUCGCACAAAUAUGUGAAGCAACAAAAAGUGAAACCAAUUACAAUAUGCAAUGUUUGAAAGUCGAUGGUGGAGUUUCGAAGAAUGACUUUAUUUGCCAAUUUUUAGCUGAUCUUGUUGGUAUCAGUGUAGAACGCGCUGUGAAUUCUGAAUCCAGUGUCCUCGGAUCAGCCUACAUAGCUGGAUUAAAUAUUGGAAUUUGGAAAAAUCGAGACGAAAUUAGAAAGUUCCGGAUCGUUGAUAAGCUUUUCAAACCCCGAGAAGAAUUCAAAUCAGAAAACCGAGAAAGAAUGAACAUUUGGGAGAGAUCCGUGGAAAGGUUUAAAGAAUGGUACUGAUCUCAAGGCUGUGAAUUAUGAAAUAAAAACCGAUAAAAGAGAUAAAUUGUAAAUAAUUAAAUGUUGAAUUUUGUAAUUAAUAGGACUUAGGGAACCAAAAAAGAAAAAUAUAUAAUUUUUAAAUACUA